AUGGCGCCGAGACGCAUCAUCCUCGACACCGACCUCUCCAUGGGCGCCGGGGCAGACGUCGAUGAUGGCUUCGCCCUGGCCCUGGCCCACGCCGACCCCGAUCUACAACUCGACCUCGUGACAACAGUAAACGGCAACACAGAUGUUGAAAGCGCCACCAUUCUUACCGGUGUCCUCAUGGAUCGCUUGGAUAUCAAAGCCGAAGAUACACCCCUCGUUCGUGGCUCGGAAACACCCAUGUUGUACACUGAAAAGCACCGCAUACCAGCACCCCAUGUAAGCGCUAUGAAGAACACAGCGCGGAAACCAGUCCCGGGGAGGUAUGCUGCCGUAGCUAUGAUAGAACACAUCAUGGCCAACCCAGGCGAGAUUACAAUUGUAGCAAUCGGACCUUUGACUAAUAUCGCCAUGGCAAUCCUCCUCGACCCGCGCAUCAAGACGGCCAUCAAAGAGCUGGUCAUUAUGGGCGGAGUUUUCUUCGGCAGCAUGUACAGCCACAACAAGCCAGGCGAAUUCAACGUGUUCACGGAUGCUGAGGCCGCCCGCGUGGUGCUGUAUAGUGGCAUCCCACAGCGAUGGAUCGGAUUAGACGUCACACUCCAAGUGCGUUUGACGAUGAAUGACGCAGAGAACCUGAAAAAGUCGCCAUCGGAAUUCGCCAAGUUCGCAGGACAGGCGUCGGCGACUUAUAUUGAUUACCAGGCCGUAAGGUUCCCCGGCAGGCCAAAGAUGACCUCGGUGCCUAUGCACGACCCUUUGGCCGUAGCAUGUGUGUCCAAGCCGGAAUUAUGCGAGUAUAAGGAUAUGGCCGUUGAUAUUGUGACGGGAGAUGGCAAGGCGCGAGGAAUGAUGAUCGGGGAUCGGUUGGAGUUGCCCGAUCCCCCGAAGCCGAAUUGUCGGGUGGCCGUCGGUGUGAAUGCUGAGGGGUUCAGGGAGCAUUUCUUUUCGUUCAUCCAGACAUUAUAA